AUGCGAUGGACGGCAACGACGAGGUGGAGGGUGACAGACAGGGGCAAAUGGUUGCGCAGACGACGGCUAGAUGGAGCUCUCAACAGAGUGCCUCGAGAUUUCUAUCCUCGUGUCUGGAGUGUCUUGGAGAAGUGUCAAGGAUUGGCAAUCGAGGGCAGACUUCUGCCACAAAACCUCACUCAGGAAAUGACAUCCGGAGAGCUGAAGUUUGCGCUGGCUGUCGAGACUGUACUGAACACGAUCCCACAGCCCGAGUAUAGACAGCUGGUGGUGGAGGCACUUAUGGUGCUCACCUUAGUUACAGAACACAAUGUUGCCAGUCACCUUGGUGGCGUCAUCGCUGUGGAGAACUUGGUACACAAGGCCAACCAGAUCUUCCUCCAAGAUCAGAUGAAAAUAAACGGUGAUGCGACACUGUGUUGUGCCAAACCGAAGGAGGCCCGUGAGACAACUUCGUCUGGUGGAUUGCUGUGCGGUGGCGCCGCAUACAUCUGCCAACACUUCUACGACAGUGCGCCGAGUGGUAGCUUUGGCACCAUGACGUACAUCAUGCGAGCCACAGCCACCCUUCUGGACUGUCUACCCAAAGAGGGAGACAUCGAUUGCAACGUACAAUGAUGCGUUGUCACGUUCAAAGGAAUUCUAGUCGUACUUUAUCACUUGUUUGUUCUACGAUUUACGAUGCAAUGUUUGUUGUCAGUAGUAAAGAGAACAAGUGCCACACGCACUGUCUUGAUUAAAUUGAAUAAGUGCCAUAAAAGACAACUUUAUUUUGAUAUAAGAUGUUUAAAAUAGAUUAGUAUUUUUAAUGGCUGAAAAUUUUCCCUGUUUUUCAAAGUUUGAAGGAUAGUGAUUGGUAUAAUUCAGUAUAGUUAUAUCUGCUGUUGUUAAAUUUUCACCUACCACAAAAUGUAUAGUUAAUUAAUACUUCAAUUUUAAUAACUUGUUAUUAAAUGUGUAAAUAUAAGACCACUUUUCAAUAGUAGUACAUUUUAUAAAUUACCACAUAUUCUGUGUCAGUUCUUAAGGUGUUACUUAGAAAAUAAUUAGAUAAAUUAAAAUUUUGGUUCCUAACGAACAAUGUAAUAUUUUUUUAGAAUUGUUGAUUGAAAAUAUUUAACGUGUCAACAGUUUUAGUUUUAAAAAGGAAUUGCAGUUUAUGAUAAAUUACUUAUAAGCAACAGUAAACUUGAAUACCUAACAAGUUUAAAGGACUGAGACAUAAAUGAUCAGUAGUUAAUGGUUUUAGAUAUGAAGAGAAUGAAGUGUUUUGGCUACUCGCACUUCAGAGUAUUGAGACGUGAGAUUGUGACACUUCAUUGCACAGAGUGGAAUCCCUCAUUGCUGUCGGCUGAGUAGGUGCAGUGUGCCGUCCCGUGGGAACCAUCUUCGGUCCCACUUGUCCCUCUCGCUCCACUGCUGUUAUCCUGGGUGUCCGGUGCUGCUAUUCCGUGAUUCAGUUCCAGCAGCAGAUGUGGUUGCCGAGGUGAUAAGAAACACACAAAGACUACGUAACAUUUGGCUCUUCAACUUCUGUUUCAUUUGUACUUUAAUCUCUUUUCUUCCUCCCUACUUGGCAAAUAGAAUGGGUUUGCUCUCAUACCUCAAUCUCGGUUUAAUCGCUCUGACUAUCUCCAACAAGUGACCAAGACACUGUUCUCGCCUCAGUUUUAAACUCUCCGUAGAAUGAAAUUCCUUCAACAUGUAACUCAAAUCUUGAAACUGUGACACACAUUUUGGUUCAAUAAAUAUUCCACCAUAACUUUUCGUUACAACCGUAACUAAUGAAGAUUUUUCAAUGUGGUAUUACUAACGAUAUAGUCUUAAUUAAAUUUUUUUUCGCAUAACAAAAUCAUUUACUUUCAUUUAACUGUUUAUUAUUGAGUAUAUAAUUUUCUGUUUGUAACUCGGUAUAUAAUUAUUUAAUGAACCAAAAGUGUAAUAUUAAAGUAUUAUAACUAACCCUAGUGUAAAACUCAUAUUACGUUAAAUUAAAUCAAACUUAUAGACAAACUAAAUAAAUAAUACCUUGUCAUGUUUUAUCUAAGAGGUGAGCAAUAAACAUUUAAGGAUUCGUUAUUGUUCAGUCAUUGUUUUGUGUGUGUUAUUUGUUAUAAUUAUUUUCAUUGGGUUGUAUAUUUAUUGGAUAUUUGUGAGUCGUAUCAGCAUAUCAAUCUAGGAAAUAAGUAAAACUGUUGCAUUAAAGAAAAAAAGAUUCAUCAAAACUAUUUAUGUAUAAACAUGUAAAAAAUCAGUGUAUAAUUACUACUUUAAAAAAAAAAAGUAAAGUAAAGAAUGGUUUUACUGAAACCUUAGGUUUUAUUGUAAUACCUUAAAAUUGGAAUGUUGUGGAUCCUGGAUAAACCAAAAUUAAUUCUUAUUUUAAUUUUUUUAAUCUAGAUUUUUAGAUCAUAAAUUUGUACUGAUAUUUUAAUCAUUGACAAUAAUUUUUGUUCUCAUACAAGUAUACCAUGAAAUAAUUUUGUAGCUUUAAAGAUAUCGAAAUGUUUUUAUUGCAAAUGAGUGAUAUUUUUGUUAUAUGUUGUAUGUUAGAUGUAAUAAAAUGUUAUCUCAUAA